UUGGUAAAACGAGUAAUGAAAAGGAAAGUUGAGAACUAUUGAGGUGUUGAGCGUUAGUUGUUACCGUUGUUACGAACUGCUGUUGUUAGGUUUAGUAGUAAUGACCGCGUUGAGAAAUGUUGCGCGUUAGUUAUUGUUAGGGUCACUAGUGACUAUAACGAAGGUUUGGUAAGGAAGUUAAACAGGAAGUUGCCAACGUUGUAGUCUUCUGUAACAGAAGAUCAAGUUAUAGUUUAAUUUUUGAUAAUAAUGGCGGAUGAUUUACAAGGAAAUCUUCAAAAUUAUAAGCUCCAGUUGCAACAAAAUUUGGUGCAGGUGCUGGAUUCACUUGGAUGUUAUGAUAAGGGAGCAUUGUUCAUGCUAUAACACUGUAUGGAAGUGGAUUUGAAAUUACAGGUUGAAGCAGCGCUUACUACAGAUCCUACAAACGAAGAACUUUUGAAAUUGAAAGUCGAUCUUGAAGAAGUUAUAGCCUUGACUCGUGAUCUAAUUAAGACACAGCUGCUUGAAUUAAAAGCAGCAGAAGGUUUGGCUGGAAGUUCAAAUGUUGAAGAUGAUGUAACAGCAAAGCUUUUGGCUGCAGAACAGCCACAACCAAUAGAGCUUUGUACUAAGAGAGACUGGAAGAUUGGGGAUAAAUGCCUUGCUAUUUGGAGUGUUGAUGGACAGUACUAUGAGGCGACGAUAGAGGACAUAACGGAGGAUGGUGAAGAAGUGUCUGUAGUGUUUGACAGCUAUAAGAAUUCAGAUGUCACAACUCUGGCACAGCUGAGAGAACUUAAAGGUGGUGUCAAGAGGUCAGCAGAAGAUGCUGCUGACAGUAAGUCCAAGAAACAAGUAAUAUCAAAACAGCGUGAAUACCAGAAAAAAAAGAAACAAAAGAAGCUUCAGAGGUACAAGCAGAUGGAAGAAGAAAGAGAAGGAGAGAAGAACAAAUGGCUUGCAUUCAAUUCCAAGACUGCAAAGAAGGGAAUGACCAAGAAAAGUAUAUUUGCAUCACCAGAUAAUGUAAAUGGACGAGUUGGCAUUGGCACAUGUGGAAUGAGCGGGAAGCCAAUGACAGAGUUUACCACAGCUGAGAAGUGGAGGAAAGGGGUGUGAGCCCUAGAAACAAAUUUUGUGCAGUGAAAAUUUGUGAAUAUUCCUCAGAGACCUAUCAUACUGCAUUCUCUUUACAAAGAUUUCUUUCUUUGCAUUACAAAAAUAUUGUGAUCCAAAAUGUAAAUAACGAAGUUGAUGUAAUUGUGUGUCACUGUGACACCUGUGUGGAUUAUUGUAGUUUGUACUAAUGAAAUCUCAUAAUGGAUUGAUUUAAGAAAGAGGAAGGAUUAAGAUUAUGGUCUUCUUGAAUAUGAUUCUGUGUGGUCUGGUAGCUAAGUACCAGUGUUUCUUGGGGAUGUACUUUUCUCUAUCUUCAGGUUCAUCUGAAAUAUUGGUACCUAGCUGCUACACUACAUGGUGUCACAUCCCAGAACACUGUAAUCUUAAUAUUCAGCAACAUGAGAAUGUGAAAUCAGUAAACAGGAAAAGAUAUUUCAAAUUGAAAAUGCAGAAUAUAAAUUUUACUUGAGAAACUGAAACAUACGAGUACUGGCAUUUUCUACCCUCUUCAUUACUUGUAAUGUAAUCUUAUGAUUGUAAGUAGAACUUAAUAGUACUAAUAUCACAAAUGUGGCUGUCUGUGCAACAAUAAUAUCUAUGAAUGUAAACAAAGACAAGUCGGUAGUAAUGUAUCACAAUUCGUUUAUUGUGGAGAGGUGUUGCGCUAUGUUUCGACCUUCAAGGGGUCAUCAUCAGGUCUACUUAACAAGAAUUCGGUCUUAGUUCUUGAAUUUUAUUCUGAUAUGGAUCCAUAUUAUUACAAUUUGUUAGCGAAUACUACCUGAUUAUUAAAUACAUCUAAUAAAUACACUCUGAUAAUAUAGUUUUUAAUUUUAACCAAAUCAUUAUUUAAUUUUGUUUAGAUAUUAAGACUGAUAACUUUCUGUAUAGUUUGGAUUUUCAUGUUACUUAGUUAAUUAUUAAUUUUGUCCUUGAAAAUAAAAAUUAAAGAUCAAUAUUUUUAAAAAAAUCUGAAUUUUUAUAAUUAACUACUCAAGUUACACUUGAGAUAUGAAGAUACAUGAGUAUUGGUCUUUGAUUACAUUCGUAGGUAUUAUUGUUGUAUAGACAACCCCAUUUGUGAUAUCAUGACACACAACAGGAUGCAUACCAUAAAGAGUAUUACUGAUGUUUAUAUGGGAAGAGUUGUUUUCUUUCAGUCAAUUGAAUUUUUUGUAUGUAUAGAUUAUAUUAACGGAUCUCUGUAUUGCAAAUAGAUUUUAAUACUGUGUUGAAAUGAAACUGUCCAGAAGCAUUGUUCACAUAAUGGUUUCUUUGAUAUAUAUAAAGCUUUUUUGAUCAGUCAGCUUCA